UUAUGCUGAAGUGUCAUUUAUGUGCCGUGAUCAUCGCGAUGAACUGAUUUGUUUUCGAAUGUUUCUCAUAAAAGUGUGUUCACAAUAUUUACUAGUAAAUUUUGUUCCAAUCUUUUAUUCUACAGUUUUUUGAGUAUUGGAAAGAUAAAAAUGUCCGUAUCGUGGGUGGAGCUACGAGGUUUGUAUGGGAAGUACGUCAAAUGGGUCUCCAGCAAUCCAUCAGCGCUUGGAGAUGUAGAAAUGACGGUGAAAUGGUUAUCAUAUUUUAUUGCCGGCAAAAUCAACAAAUCUUCCGCGGCAUCCGAAUUGGUUUAUUCGUUAUCCAAUCUGCUUGUGUUUUACAAUGAUCGAAUCAUUGAAAAAGCCAAUAAUUCCAUCGUGUGUGCAGAAUCUGGACCAGUAGCAAGGCAAAUCAAGAUUAUUCUCACUACAUUGGAGUAUUGUGAAGUUUUCAUUGAAAUGUCUGCUCAUAGAGUGUGGGGUUCGAAAGGACGAUGGUUUUUUAUAGUCGUAGUGCAGACAAUCAAGUGCCUUGGUCGUUUAGCUCUCACGAUGUUCUGUCGGAACAAUAUCGUUAACAACCCGCCCAUACCGGUAUUGGAUAGACGAAAUCUGAACGACGUUCGACAGACAGGAAAUGUGUCAUUCCAAAGCGAGGGUGAGACUGUUGUGUUGAAGCGCUCAGGGCGAGUAUUGCGGAAAGUGGAAGGAGCACCGCCUGUUAUGGCUCGUAACUGGAAACCGCUUAAACAUGAAAAUGUCAUACAAGUGGUCCAGUAUGAGGGACGUUUCAUUCGUACUGCCGAACUGAUGUACAUUCUAAAGCCGCUGAUACAUUUGGCUUGUAUUCGGAAGUACGGUUUGAAAAGUUGGAAAUCAUAUCUGGUGCCAAUGGCUAUAGAUGUUGCUAGCUUGAGAAUCUACUAUAGAAAUCGUGAGGACCUGUCCAAAGAGCAAAAGCAGGAACUUUCUCGUCGCUGUGUUUCGAUGCUACUUUAUCUGAUGCGCUCACCAUUUUACGAUAAAUAUAGCAAGGACAGAAUUGCUGGCUUGCUUAACAGAAUUGGCAAAAACGUACCAUUGACGGGAACAAUUACUAGCUUGAUUUUAUCUUACAUUCCGCACUGGCAGGAUACCUAUUUCUAUAUGUGGUCAAGUUAAUAAUCCAUUUGUGGCUGUGGUGGACAAAUAUAUUUUAGAAUUUAAUAACUAUAAGUUAUUUGUUGAAUUGGAAAUGGAUGUUUUGUAUUAAGUACGGCAACGAUGGGUUAUUUUAAAUUUAUUAGUAUUUUUAGCGCUGUGGUUGCGAGCCGUGGAAAUAAAAUUCGGUAAGAACAAUAGAUGCUAA